CAGCGUGACGUCAGCGUCUUACUCCAGCUUGACACAGAGCUUAGUUGACCAGUGUGUACGCCAUUUCUUUCUAGAAAGAAAACACAGCGCCCCGUCAAGGACCAUGAACAGUUUAAUAAGAUCUUCUGCCAGGUGUCUCCGGUCGUACCUGGCCGGGCCGGCCGGGGCCCGCCUGUGGGCGGCCGGGCCCCGGCCCCUGUGCGCCGCGGCGGGCGUGCAGAAGGACCUUGGUGCCAUGGUGAGGAAGGACAAGGUGGUGGUGUUCAUGAAAGGCACGCCGGCGCAGCCCAUGUGCGGCUUCAGCAACGCCGUGGUGCAGAUCCUCAGGAUGCACGGCGUGGACGACUACGCUGCCUACAACGUGCUGGAGGACCAGGACCUGAGAGAAGGAGUCAAGGUGUUCUCCAACUGGCCCACGAUCCCUCAGGUGUACAUCAACGGCGAGUUCGUGGGCGGCUGCGACAUCCUGCUGCAGAUGCACCAGAACGGGGAUCUGGUGGACGAGCUGAAGAAGCUGGGCAUCCGCUCCGCGCUGCAGGACGCGGAGAAGGACUCCAAGUAAAAGCUCCACGUUCAAACGUCCACACGGCUGACAAUACAGAGGACACAUUCGCCAGGCUGACCCCCCCCAACAACAACAACAACCCCCCUUUACGGGUGGUAAAGUCCAAUCAUCUGGUUGCAGUAGCGGUUAUACGUCCGAUUGAUUAACCUGGCAGCGGAGGAUUUGAACCUGGGGAGGGACUGAAGGGCGUACGAUGAUUUUCCAAGGAUGUAAAAGCUGUAAAACUUGAUCAGAGUUGCUUUAAUAACAUUAUUGUUCUUUAACGCCACGUUUGGCCAAACUGAAAUCUUAAUACGAACGUCCACACUGCCACGUCUGCUCCCAGGUUCCUUCCCCGCGUUCCCGCUGUCGGUGUCUAGAAUCAUGCCCUCUGAAGUCGUUGCCGACUACCUGUUUUAUUUAAUAAAAAAGUUUUUCUUCAGUCCAAACUCAAACUCAGUCUAACUCCACAAAACGAUGUCAACACUCGUGAAACCUCACAACUGCCUGUAGUCUCCGAAGGUGUUUCUGUCCAAGGCCCCGCCCCCUCCUGCCGUGAACCCUGUUACAAAUGUGUCAGCUGUGUUUUCACGCCGACGCCCGCUGAGACGCAACAAAACGCAACGCAACACAACGCACCCGCACACCUCGUCUCUUCAUCUUCUUCUUC